UAUCGCUUCUUACGCGUUAAAAAAGUUUAAGCAAACAUAUGGUCAAAAAUAAUAAAUAGUUGAAAAAAGAAAGUAGAGAGAUUAUAAAAAAGGAAAAAAAAGGAAAUAUUUAUUUUUGUGAACUUCACAUCUUUUAUAGAAAUAUUGCCAAGGUUCGUGAGGAGUUCAAUUUUAGUUCAUUCGAUAUGUUCGCAGUGCCAAUUGUGCCACCUGAUCUGCGACACGAAGAAACAAUAAUCCAAGCAGCAUAUGCUCUUGAUUGUCUACAGAAAACAAUAAAUCAAAUUUUUAUUCGGAUCGACGAGCGUAUCGAAUUUAAUAAUGUCAAAGUGAAACAGUUGGGUGAACGUAUCCACAAAGCACAAUCGAAGGUGAAAAGUCUCUUGGGUACACACAAAGCUCUGCGCAUUUAUGCGCCAUCUAAAUUCCCGGGAACGCAAGCAUUCCAGAAUAUACCAAUAACGUUUGAUUCGGAUCUCUGGGCAGAUAUGUCCAAGAAAGACGAUGAAGCUACAGCGCAAAAUUACAAAGUGGAAAGUAAAAUGGACCCCUGUACGAUGACUAUGAGCGAAAAAUUGCUUUUUUUCCAUGUACGAUCAACAGGGCGCGAUAUGCCCUCCAAUUUAAAGGCGCAAAGAAUAAAAGUUAAUCAAACGCAAGGAUUGGGAAAAGUAUCGGGUAAUCUGACAUCAGUGCCCGCGGUAUUACUUUUCAAUACUGAUGUGAGUGUUUACGAUUUAGAUAACAUGCAUGAAAAGAAAAAUAAUUACCUCAAGUGUGCCCAAGGACUUCAGGGUCAACAUCAACAACUUCAUUACGGUAAUCAAAAGCACCUCUUAGAACCUGCUCCGCAUUCGUUAGCUCACAGAAAUGAAAAAUUCUCGCCUGCCGGAAUGUUACGAUAUACACCCAAAUUAUCAGAAGCUCCAGAUUUGGACUUACCAAUGGAUUUGCCGGAUUUGCCAGGAAUUGCGGGGGAUUUACGUUAUGAAAAUCAAGAAGGUAAACAACCAAUUGCCCCAUCCUCGAUUUUAGCGGUAGAAAAUUUACCAGAUCUACCUAAGCUUUUAUCCCAAGAUAUUAAAGCGGGACAGGCCGACAAAAAAAAUGAUCAAGAAAACGAGGAAAUGCCCAAUUCUACUGUUCUGAAAGUCGAAACAUUACAUGAAUCGUUUAUCACACCACCACCGCCGCCGCCUCCACCUAUUUCUACGCCCUUUGCAAUUUUACCGGCAACCAAUUCCGCAAAGACAAAUUUACCCAUCCCAUCUAACAAACCGCGAACUGAACUCCUGGAAGCAAUACGUCAAGCAGGCGGAAUAGGUAAAGCCCAACUAAGACCUACUGCUGCCACUCCUUUAAACACGAAAAGCAAUCAACCCAAAAAAGGCUCAAAUCCGCAUACAAGUGAUAGCUUUAUGGCGGAUUUGCACAAUAAACUUUUAAUGCGCCGCAAAGGCAUAUCAGGGAGUAACAAAGAGGAAGAAAGUGCAGUAAGUUUAUUAAAACAAUCAACCCAAUCCACAGCGUAUAAAAGUCAAUUUGGUAACCCAGUAAUAUCGAGAUUAUCUUCGCUAAUACCACCUCCUAAAGAUGCCGAAGACGAUGACGAAGAUAGAAACGAUGAUGAUACCGAUUGGAUUGAUUAGUGAAAGAAACUAAAAAAAAGAAAAUGAAAUAUCCGUCGCUAAUACGAACGAUACAGUGCCUUUGAACAACAUUCUUUUAAAGAGUUAUAGUAAAAAAAAAAACAAAAAUUAUAUCU